UCAAUGCAUGUCCGCAGACCUUCCAGCAAAUGUCAGGUGUGAUGGAUGUGGACACACCAUCCUGGGUCCUGAAAGUGGAACUCUUGCUUCAAUAAACUAUCCACAAACCUCUCCCAAUAGCACAGUCUGUGAAUGGGAAAUUCGUGUAAAGCCUGGGCAGCGAAUUCAACUCAAAUUUGGUGAUUUUGACAUUGAUGACUCAGAUUCUUGUCAUUCCAGUUACUUAAGAGUUCACAAUGGGAUUGGCCCCACCAGGACAGAGAUAGGAAAAUACUGUGGGUUUGGCUUUCAGAUGGAUGGUUUAAUUACUUCAAAAAGCAAUGAAGUCACAGUACAGUUCAUGAGUGGAACACACACUUCUGGACGUGGAUUUCUUGCAGCUUAUUCAACCACUGACAAAUCAGACCUAAUUACCUGUUUAGACAAUGCAAGUCACUUUUCCGAACCAGAAUUCAAUAAGUAUUGUCCAGCUGGAUGUGUGAUUCCUUUUGUUGAUAUUUCAGGCACUAUUCCCCAUGGAUACAGAGACUCCUCCUCGCUCUGUAUGGCUGGCGUUCAUGCAGGUGUCGUGUCAAAUACUCUGGGUGGCCAAAUUAAUGUGGUAAUCAGCAAGGGCAUCCCGCGCUAUGAAGGCUCCCUGGCUAACAAUGUCACUUCAAAAGUGGAACAGUUAUCUGCAAGCCUCUUCACAUUUAAGACGAGCGGUUGCUAUGGGACACUGGGGAUGGAGUCCGGGGUAAUCCCUGACUCUCAGAUCACGGCAUCGUCCAUUCUUGAGUGGUCUAACCAGACGGGACAAGUGAACAUUUGGAAACCUGCAAAUGCCAGGCUGAAAAGGGUUGGGCCUCCCUGGGCUGCUUUUAUCAGUGAUGAACAUCAGUGGUUGCAAAUUGACUUGAAUAAAGAAAAGAAAAUAACAGGUAUUAUAACUACUGGAUCAACCUUAGCAGAGUACUACUAUUAUGUGUCAGCCUACAGAAUUUUAUACAGUAACGAUGCACAGAAAUGGACAGUGUACAGAGAAGCUGGCAUGGAUAAAGAUAAGAUAUUUCAGGGGAACACUGAGUUGUACCAGGAAGUUCGCAAUAAUUUCAUUCCACCUAUUAUUGCACGCUUUUUUAGGAUUAACCCCUUAAAAUGGCACCAGAAAAUUGCAAUGAAAGUGGAAUUGCUAGGAUGUCAGUUUAGUAUAGGCCGUGCUCCUAAAAUCACCAUGCCACCACCACCUCAGAACAAGAAUGAUGACACGAGUGAUGACUUCAGUGAUGAUGUCAUCCAUUCUGUGAAGACGUCCUUGCAGACAGAUAAAACAACUUUCACGCCUGAAAUAAAAAACACCACUGUGACUCGCAGCGUAACCAAAGAUGUGGCAUUGGCAGCAGUUCUGGUUCCAGUGCUGGUGAUGGUCUUCACGACUCUGAUUCUUAUCUUAGUUUGUGCCUGGCAUUGGAGAAACCGCAAGAAAAAAACUGAAGGCACCUAUGAUCUACCUUACUGGGAUCGUGCAGGAUGGUGGAAAGGGAUGAAGCAGUUUCUCCCAACCAAAUCGGCAGAACAUGAAGAAACUCCUGUACGCUACAGCAGCAGUGAAAUUAGUCACCUGAGACCAAGAGAAGUCCCAACAAUGCUACAGACGGAGUCUGCAGAGUAUGCUCAGCCACUGGUGGGGGGAAUUGUCGGCACGCUUCAUCAGAGAUCAACUUUCAAACCCGAGGAAGGCAAAGAAGCAAGUUACGCCAAUCUGGACCCUUACAGUUCGCCCCUUCCAGAAGUUUACCAUGCCUAUGCUGAGCCGCUGCCUAUAAUGGGACCAGAGUAUGCCACGCCCAUCAUUAUGGACAUGUCCAGCCACCCCAGCACGCCACUGGGUGUUCCAUCCAUCUCCACCUUCAAAGCUGCAGGGGCCCAAGCCCCGCCGCUGGCUGGAACUCACAGCAAACUCUCGUCUCGGACAGAAAGUGCAGCGCCCCCCCAGGCGCUGUACGACACGCCCAAGGGGCAGGCGGGGCUGGGGGCUGCUGCUGAGCUGGUGUACCAGGUACCGCAGAGCCUGGCCCCCACCGCAAGCAGCAAGGACGAGCCCAGUUAGCUCACGAGUAAGGUGGAGUGACGGCCCAUUUGUGAAAGCCGGUUCCAUAAAGCUAACAGUUUCAUUUCUUAAUUGUGUAGUUUUGGUAUUGUUAGUCUUCAGUGAUGCAGUGUUGAACCAAAAGAUGGGGUCCUGGAGGCCUGGGGAGCCAGUAAUGCUGCCUUUCCUCAAGCUGUGUGUAUCUGUAACAGCUUGUCUCCUGCAAAACCGUGGCCUUUCUAAUUACUACUGUACAAUUGUCUGUCAGACAUGAGAGAAGAACUCUUUGAGAUUAGCUUCAGUAACUCAUAGAUGUGAAUGAGAAAUUGGGAGAAACAGCUUACAGUAUGAAAACCAAUAAUUUCUUGCUAACGGUACUAUUUUUUGGGGAAAAAACCCAACCAAAACCUAGAGCCUCCUAACUUUCCAAGAUCUGUAUGUCAGCACUAUAGCUUCUGGAAUUCAUAUUACCCUAUAAAAUGCCUGUACAACUUUGGACUGUGAAAACUGUUGUCAGGACUGGUGGCCAAAGUCCCAUUAACUUCAUGGCAUGAAAUAGUUUUGAUUCUAAAUCCUGUUACUUCAGUUUUUGUUCUCAGGAUUAGGAAUCGUCAGCUGUGUAUUCCUCAGAAAGUUCCCGCCCUUUCUGUUAGGCUCCAGGGCUGGAACCUGCUCGCUGUUAGUAUCUGUUUUCUGCCUCAUCUUGUUAAGCCACUCAGCCUUGUUCCUUCUGAGGGAUCCAGGAGGCACAGACUAAGUCAAAGGAGCAAACUACAGGGCAGUGGCUUUUCUAAUUUUCCCUUCUAAGUGGAGGCUGCUCUCCAAUCCAGACUGCCCUUGAUGGUCCAGCUGCAAGAAGCAUCCAGGUGUUUGAGGUGGCUGAGAUCAGAAAGGCUCUGCCUGUCCCCCUGGUCUCUAUUGUUGUGUGUUAAGACGUGAGCUUACACAAAGAAGGGUAUGUAUAUACUUCUGUGAGAGCUUAAGGAAGCACACCAACACUCCAGUGGUGCAGUUUGUGUUAGACAUGCAUUUAGCACAUACGGUACAUUUUUAGCACAAAACUUCAGCCUUAGGGCUUUUCUUAGGAUUAGGUCUUAACAGUAUAAAAGAUUCCAAAACAUUUUUGCAAAAGGACCAUUACUGCUCCAAAAGAGUGUCCAUGUCAAAAGUGAUUAAUGGAAUUUGUGUCCUUUGAAUGUUGCAAUGUUCUCUGCUAUGAAAACAUUGUAGUCAGUCUUCUCCUUGGGAUAAUGUAGACUAGUUUUAGCUAAGUAAUCACAGAAUAAAAACAAGUGGGAUGUCAUAUUUGCCAUUUUUUAUCUCACUAGAAAUAAAGCACAGCUUUUUAACCUAAGUAGUAGAACAAAAACACAAUAAAAAUAUUUUUAUUAUAACAGCACUGUUGGGAGGAUGCUGAAUUAAUUUAUAACAUGUGAAACCCCCCUAGCUAAACAUCAGCCCAGUUCUUUGGAGUUCAGUGGUUACUGUUUGACUUGAAUAUAGCACAGAAAUCAGCCUUGUUUCUUGCCCAGGGUCCUUAAACUAGGUGGAGAAACUAAAACAUGGUUCAAGAGGGCCAUCUGCAUUACCAGUACAGGGUCCUGAACUUGUAACUUGAAAAUUUGUUUGCACAAAUUACACACUCCAUAAUCUAAAAUUACUGGUAGCCUGUUCAACAUUUUGAAUAUGUUUUUGCAUACUCUGUGUUACCUUAAAGCCCAAUUCUAUAAUUUUCUGAUCAUUCAUUCUCAUUUGUUGAGAAUUUUUUUCCCAAAUUGUCUAAGCCUAAAUGUGACUAUUAUAAGUAAGGGUGGCAUAUAAGACUCAUUCAUGAAAAAUGAAAUUUCUGCCUAUUCAGUUGUACUUCUAAUGUUACUGCAACUGCUUGAUAAAGUUAGUCUGCAAUCUUUGUAGUUUUGCUUAAACAGGUAAAAGUGUUCUUACUUGUCAGCAGCAGCUAUGACUUUGAAAUUAUGUGAUCUGAUUUUAUUUGAAAGGGGUGGGAGGUUAUUUGUUUGCACCAAGGUGUGACCUACUUACUCCAGGGGAGUUAAGAAACCUCUGCAUUCUCAAAUUGUACCAGCUUACACUUAAAAAAAAUUAUCCAGAGAUGUUCAAGUCAGUAAAAUUAACACAUUUAGAUAUAAUUUUUAGUGUAGGCCAGGUAUGGUAGAACUGUGGAUAUACUGUAGGCUAAGAUUGGUGUAAGAAUAAAACAGGUUUUAAGAAUGUU